GCCCCGCCGCCGCCGCCGCCGCCACUCGGCCGCGUUUCCCCCCUGCUCGCCCUUCCGGGCCCCGCUCCGCUUCCGGGUUGAGCCGGCCGGGGCCGCUCUGCGCCUCGUCUCGAUGGUGCGGUCCGCCCGGCCCCGGGAGUUAGCAGCCUGCCUUUGGUGUGGUGGUGAGGUAAAGCCACGUGUUCCCGUGGGACUUUAAACUUCCAGGUGUGACGUUUCGUGCAGCCAGAGGUAACGCGGUGCGCAGGCUCGCUUAAAAACAUAACCUGUUCAUGCAGUCAUGUCUGAAAAAGACAACGGUGAAAAUCUGGAAGAGGAAACUUCUUAUGAAGAUGAAAAUGAACAAAAACCAGAAGAACUUGGCCGCACUGAGAACAGCAAAGAGAGAGACCAAGAGCCUGUGCCUAUGACUCGGAAAAGACCUGAACCCAAACCCCCAAGUCAGUCUGCUGCCACAGAAAAGUCCACUGCUGACACCCUCAAGGUCUCAGAUUCUCCUGCAGCUCAGACAGGAUGGGGGUACUGGGGAAGCUGGGGGAAAUCUCUUCUGUCAACUGCAUCUGCUACUGUAGCUACUGUUGGUCAAGGUAUUUCAAAUGUCAUAGAAAAAGCAGAAACAACGCUUGGGAUCCCCAGUCCUAGUGAAAUUUCUUCAGAGACCAGAGAUGCUACAAGAGGAAGUGAGAAUCCUGAGGAUAAGAGCGCAGAUGAGGUUGCUGAUGGCAGUUCCUUUCCUAUUGCUGGGGCUCUUGGUGUUUUAUCAACCAUCUCUACUGCUGUCCAAAGCACAGGGAAAAGCGUGAUUAGUGGAGGUCUAGAUGCUUUGGAAUUCAUUGGGAAAAAGACAAUGGAUGUGAUAGCUGAGGGAGACCCUGGAUUCAAAAAAACAAAGGGCCUAAUGAACAGAAACUCUACGUUAUCUCAGGUCUUACGAGAGGCAAAGGAGAAAGAAGAGCAGCAGACAGCUACUGAGGUUACCAUGGCUACGGAGAAGAAAGCCCAUUAUGGAUUACUGUUUGACGAGUUUCAGGGUCUUUCACAUCUGGAGGCCUUAGAGAUGCUUUCCAGAGAGAGUGAAUCAAAGGUGAAAUUGGUUCUAAGUGCCCUCUCUGGCGAAGAGUUGGACACGCUGAAGGAGGAAAUGGAGCAACUCAAAGAAGCAUUUUCUUUAGCUGAAUUCUUUGAAGAAGAAGAGGAAGAAAAGAAGGGAGAUGAGGAAUUCACAAAGGAAGUAACAGAGCUGUUUUCAGAAUUGCAUAUCUCCACAAAGCCGGACAAACUAAUCAUGGUGAGGACAUCUGCUCAUGAAUGGAUAGCACAAUUCAAGAGUAGUCUUCCAAAAGAAGAUAAAGAGAGUGAAGGCAACCGAGAAGUAGAAGCUGGAGAUGGAGACCAUGAUGCUAAAGAAUCAGUAGAGGAUAUUCAUGCGUUUGCCAUUAGAAGCCUGGCAGAACUGACAGCAUACUCCAUUGAAAUGUUUCACAAAACUGCCGCUUUGUUCCUUCAUGGUCAGAAAGAAGAGGUGACUGCUACAGACAGAGCCAAGUCACUUUCACAACUGACGAUUGUGCUGUGUAAAGAACUGUCAACUUUCUCUAAAGAGUUCACUACAUGCUUAACAGUUGCAGGGGUCAAAGAGAAAGCAGAUGUGCUUAAUCCCUUAAUCACUGGAGUGUUUUUGGAGGCUUCAAACAGUGCUUCAUAUAUCCAAGAUGCCUUCCAGCUCUUGCUGCCUGUACUGCAGAUCUCUCUUGUUGAGGCUAGAACGGAACCAUCACAGCAAUAAAAAUCAUUCUAAUUAAGCACUUUCGACCUUCCCACUUCGUAUUUUCCAUGCUGGAGAAUGAUGUAAUGGCUGAUAUUAAAGGGAAAAAGAUUAACUGAUCACUGCUACUGCAAGAACAGUGAUUAAGUGCAGUCUGGCAAUGACAGCUCUUAGAGCUCAUUGAGAGAUGUGAUUAGCAUAGUCCAGGCUGGUGGACAACGUGACAGACUUUAAAAUGCAGACUGCUUCCCUGUUUUCAUAGACUGUAUCUUUUCCCUGAAAUCCCUGUGCUGUAUGUUAACAAGCUCUUUGGAGAAGCUCUCUGGACUGUGGAGACAAUGCUGGAGAAAAGAGUAGCAGCUGGCUAGUUAAACAGUUAGCUAAAGUCAUGGUGUGAUUUUUAAGUCAGACAUAAUUAGGCUCCUGAAAGCUCUGCGUUGAAGUGAACUUUGGAUUGGAGAUGCAAGAAAAGGCAAAUGUUUAUGAUUAUAACCCUUGCAAUUUCCAGGCUGGAAAGCAUAGAACGGAGAGGAUGCCUUAUCGAGUUGUUGUUCUGAAGAGAAGCCCCAGCUUCCUAAAGGUGUCUGCUUAAUGACUCAGGGAUGUGGGACUGGGACUCUUCACUAGGGUGCUGUUACUCAUCCUCUUGCAGAAUGCUUGCUUCAGCAUGAGCUGGAAAAAUGCUGAUCUGGCCCUAAGAAUGUGGGUACUUUGCUUUAUAGCAAUAAAUGAGAACUGGCUAAAAGGGAUUGAUUCUUGUUUGGGUAAUCUAAUGGAAGAAUGGAGUGGGAGGAUUCUCCUUUUUUUUUUUUUUUUAAAUGCAAUUUGACAUGUCAGCCACAGACUGUUCAUAUUCAGAUACCACUCUUUUCCAUUUCUUUGCUAAAACACUAUAAUGUAAUGCUACUUUUUGGAAGAUAUAUGAAAGCAGGGGGAGAGGCAGCAAUUUGGUUCUGUUAGCAGGAGUCCUAAUUUGUCUCAGAAGCUGCUUCACAUUAUCUGUUUCUUUGUGCUGUGAAAGUUCCCUGUUCUGUUCCUUUUUACAAUUCCUAUCUUUUGAGCUUUCCCAUUCUGAGGGAACAGCCUGUGAUGGAAUCACAAGAGCGGAAACACACAGAUUAAAUGCAAUUUAAGUCCGGAACAGCAAACCAGAGGUGACUGAGUGUUGGUUUUAGCAGGUCUUGCAAAUUUCUGCAGUACUGAAGGCUUAGCAUUCCUCUACUCUGUUGUGAAGUAGAAAUGUUCUUAAGCAUUAGCCAAAAGGAGAUUUUAUACAUAUGGAAAAACCCUUGCCUUAGGCCUUGCUAGACUGAUCAGGUCUCUGAAAGUAAAGGAUUUAUUUUGAUUUGUAAAGAAAUCCAGACUUGAAAGGAGUGUGAUUGGAUGGAAAAAAGUCUGCACUACAAUAAACUAUAUAAUUUUUCUUCA